AUGUCUGGCAGCGGGGCACGAGAGGCCGUCUUCCCCACGCGCCAGUCGCUGGGCCUGAUGAAGACGAAGCUCAAGGGCGCCCAGCAGGGACACGACCUGCUCAAGCGCAAGAGCGAAGCCCUGACCAAACGUUUCCGAGAAAUCACCCGCCGCAUCGACGAGGCCAAGCGCAAAAUGGGCAGGGUCAUGCAGGUCGCCGCCUUCUCCCUCGCCGAAGUCUCGUACGCCGUCGGCGGUGACAUUGGCUACCAGAUCCAGGAGUCGGCCAAGCAGGCCCGCUUCCGCGUCCGCACCAAGCAAGAAAACGUCUCGGGCGUCCUCCUGCCCCGCUUCGAGAGCUACACCGUCGAGGCCAACAACGACUUCGCACUGACCGGCCUGGGCAAGGGCGGCCAGCAGAUCCAGAGGUGUCGAGAGACGUAUGCCCGCGCCGUCGAGACACUGGUCGAGCUGGCCAGUCUGCAGACGGCCUUUGUCAUCCUCGACGAGGUCAUCAAGGUGGUCAACCGCCGUGUCAACGCCAUUGAGCACGUCAUCAUCCCCCGAACCGAGAAUACGAUCAAGUACAUCGACUCGGAGCUCGACGAGCUGGACCGCGAGGAGCACUACCGCCUGAAGAAGGUGUCGGCCAAGAAGAAGGGAGACGCCGCCGUCGAAGAGGCCAUCAGACAGAAGAAGAAGGCCGCCGAGGCUGCCAACCAAGAGCCGGCCAAGGCAGCAGACGACGCCUCGGGCAGCAAAGACCUGUUUGGUGACGAAGACAACCAGGACGUCAUUUUCUAG